AUGCUUACAGGAAACAGUGGAGCCCAAGACUUGCCCUUAGGUGACUGCCAUCAAGCAAAGCGUGCCAGAGUGGAGAACAUCAUCAGAGGCAUGGCAGGCUCGCCCGAAGGACAUUUUGCAGAUGAAAAGGAAACCGGGCACCUUGAGGAACUGGAAACCAUUCAAGAAAACAAAACCAAUGUGUUCCCGAAUCAAGACGAAAUUCACAGCGGAGGCAGUAGCAGUAUAGAAGGUCAGACCCUGAAGAAGCAACUUCAUACCAUGCAACAACUCCUUGGACAACUCCAUGAAAAAUGUAUCCAGGUGUACAUGAGAAAUGAGUGCAACGAGAAAGUCAGUGAUGAAGCGAGCUCUACAGGUAUGUCUGAAGACAACACCACUUGGAACACUGCGUCUCCUGAGACAAUUACAAGUGAGGUGCUUACAGAUCCAUAUCAUGAGAUAGAAAUGUCUUCAGAUAUUACUUACCCUGGUUGGAAAAAUAUCAAACUGCUUGAGUACAUCCGUUCCAAACCAGAAAAAGAGAAGAAAAUUCUAGCAGAUACCCUGAAGGAUGAGCUUUCCAGGGCAGUGAAUACAACUGUCGAUUCAAUUUUUAAAAACAUUGCAAAUACUGUACCCAUGUCACCACCAUUACAAGAGAAAGAUAGCGAGACUCACAACAAAUCUGAAUACCAUAAUGCUUGCAAGCCGCCAUCCAGCAUUGAAAACUGCUUGAAAAGGUUUCAAGCAUGCUCUGCAAGUGCAAUGGGCGUCCAGCUACCAAACAUUCAGACAGAGGCGCUGUCUUUGGUUGUUGAAAAGGCUUCCAUGACAAGUCAAGUAAGAGUAAACAUGAAAGGGAACAGUCAAGAUCAUCUUCAUUCUUCCCCUGUUUACAGCCACCAAACCUUUCUGCAGGGAAAUCAGUUGCUGGAGAAUCUCAAACACAAUUCCCAAGGUACAUUUGAAGGACUACAAUGUAAGCAUCCUACCAUGGGUCAGUCCACCAUUGGAUUAGUUGACUUACCUUGGGAGCCAGUCAAGGUCAAGUCCAAAGUGACAUCAAGGCCUGUAAGAAGUCACCAAGCUCAGCCUUUGGCAAUGGAUCGUGUUGUUCUGGACAGAUUUUGUGUACCUAAUGUCAAGAUGGAGUGUGGUACCUUGCAAAGUAUGUUGAAGAACCACUCCUAUGUGGUGAAUGAAGGUCUGACCACCAGCCAUUUGAAAAAAGCUAAGCUGAUGUUUUUCUACACUCGCUACCCUAGCUCUACAGUGCUGAAGACAUUUUUCCCCGAUGUACAGUUCACGCGCUGUAUCACGUCUCAGCUCAUCAAAUGGUUCAGUAACUUCAGAGAAUUCUACUACAUCCAGGUGGAGAAGUUUGCCCGCCAUGCCCUGAUGGAAGGAGUCACUAAUGUGAGAGAACUGACAGUGGGCAGAGACUCUGAACUCUUCAGAGGUCUUAAUAUGCAUUACAACAAAGGCAAUGACUUCCAGGUUCCUGACAGAUUUCUUGAGGUGGCUGGUAUUACACUACAAGAGUUUUACAUUGCUUUAUCACUGGCCAAAGACUCUGACCCAUCCUGGAAGAAGGCAAUCUAUAAGGUAAUCUGUAAAUUGGACAGUGAUGUGCCAAACGAGUUCAAAGCUCCCCUCACAACAUAGUCAAAUGCAGAGCUUAGAAGUCAAAUUGGUCAAACUAUAGAGUUUGAUAUGCUCUAAAUGUACAGGUCCGUCAUGUUUGAGAGAGGACAUAGAAUAGUUUCAAUACAAAGUAAGCAUUUUCAAGCACAAGUGAGCAUACCUUUUUACAUUUAGUCUAUUCUUUUUUUUUUUUUUUAUAGCUUUUUUCUUCUUCUGUAUUUUUAACAUUUAAAAUGCUGUUUCAUGUUAUGAGGCAUGAAACUCACAUGCAGUUAUCUGUGAUUAUCAUAAACCAACUAGUUUAAAUGUUUGGUAUGCAUUUUCAUUUCAAGUAAUCAUUUUAACAAGGGGUUUUAGUUCAAUUCCCCCAAAACAAGACAUAUUUUCUGCAUAACGGUUCUUUGAUGUGAUCAUAUUUCUUCCGGGUAUACAUAGAGCAGUGCAGGUUUAAAACUAUUUCUGAUAUUGCAGACAUAUAUUUAUGAUUCUUUGUGGCAAAAAAAUGACUUGACAACAAAAAAACCACCCCCACAAAAAUAGUCUUUAAUAUGCAGUGUAACCACAACUGAUUCUACAGAAAGGUUAGACCUGGAUCUCGGACCGGAUCAAUUGAAACACUGAUGUAAAUUGUUAGUCCACUGUGUUUAACUUGCAUACUUACCUUAUGUUUCUGCAUUGGCAUUCAGUCAUUCUUCUCAGAUACAAGCUUUACAGAGUUAAUUAUAGUCUUGAACACAGCCGUAUUCUCAAAUAUGAUUCCUGACCGUCUUCUAAUGCCCUGGCAAGAAUAAUGAAUGAUCAUAUCAUUUUUUGUAUUAAAUAUAAAGUGGUCCUUAAUCCCUCUUGUAUGUCAACUGGCAAGUGCUAGUCUUAUUUAAAGCAUUCUUCUAGGUAUAGGAGCCGUACCUCUUCUGGUUUUGGAAAUUAUAACAGUAUUGAGAAACACUGGUUUACUUUCACUCAGUGGCUUGGAAGACUCACUAUCAUUAUCAUGGGCAAGAGUUUCAUACUGACUUACAAAGAACCUGUCUGUAUUACAUUGUUAGAAUAUCUAUCAGUAGUGAGAUACAGGUUACCUCAAAAUGCCUAGUGACUAUUCAGAUAUUUCAGUCAUUUUUCUUUACCUUUUGUGGCAUUAGGUCAAUAACUACAUUUAUCCAUUAUGAGUUCCUCCAAAACUACUAUUGCUCAUUAACAUUCCCCAUUAAAAAUAUUUGAAUCGAGCCUGCAAAAUAUAUACAUUUUACAUACACUACACAAAACAUGCAACUGUUUCUUCAUGUUUCAAGUUAACAGAGUUGAACAGUGCCGUGUUUUGAAAAUGUUCCGACUGGAAUUAGGCAAAAUAUAUGUAGUCUUUCAGAAACAAAUUAAUACAAAAGGUUAACCACAGUGAUAUAUACGUUUUGUAGACACAAACAUUUAAAGUACCAGAAUUCCACAAUCAGUGAUAUGGGGUGAAAUUGAUCACUAUUGCAGAUAACUGUACACAACUAAGGGAGAAUAUAAUUUUGACUCAUACCUAGCAUGCAUGUUAUUAUGUACAGGAGCUCAAUCUUCAUGAAUGUAUUUGAAUAUAUCUGUAUUCCAUGAAUGUAGCUCUUUCUCUGUGGUUCUUAUUUUGUGAAGAUUUGUAAUGGGCUUGUGGGCUAUUCUAUGUCAAUCUUUAAGACAGACAAAAAAUAAGCAUUUGUUACUGUCAAUAAAAAAGGCCUAUUUAUAUAAACAUGUUAAUAAACUAUAUUACUUUGUGUAUUUUGUAUUUAGGUAACAUGGAGAAUGCACUACAAAAAUUUUAAGAUUGAACUAUAACAUACAGUGCAGUGCCUGUAAUACACAACAAAUUCACCUUUUGCCAUUUUGAAGACAUCUGAGAUCGUCAUUAUGGAAGGUGUCCACUCCCACCAGAACACAGUCAAAGUUGCACAAACAAUGUCAUGGAGUGGUCCAGUCAAAGCCCUGACCAUGUUCCUAUAGAAAAUCUGCAUCAUGACUACUGAGGAGUGUAGAUUGCUCCUCUGGUUACUUGAACAGAGCUUGAAUGAUAAAGCAGAAUCAAAUAUUGCCCAAUAGAGUUGUGCAAAUUUGGUAGAGAUUUACCCAAAUAUAGUUGUAGCUAAAAUUGCUGAUACACAUGCUUCCUUCAAGGAAUAACCCGAGGGGAUAUAGACUAAACCAACGUACUGUUCAGUACUUGAUGGCGGUGGGUAAAGUAUUUUAAAAUUCAAAGAUGCAGUCACACAUUUUACUUUUAGUACUCACCGUGUGUCAAAAUUAGGUUGGAUUAUCACAAUCUAUUUGGUCAACUAAUGUUAUCAUCACAUUGUUUAUUGGCUUUUAAUAUUUUUGAGCAUUAUUGCCCAUGAAACUCAGAAAUUCACACAAAAGCUACAUUAAUUACCAAUUAUUGUCCUAAUAAAGUCACAGGUAACACAGUAAAAUCUGGAAACAUAACAGCUAUAUGAAAUAUUGACAAAGAUUGUAUUUGUCACUUUGCAAAAUUGAAAUAAUUAAAUCAGUUGAUGAUUAUGUCCCACCAAUUUUGACAACUUUGAGCCACCAAAGUAAGGUUGCAAAAGGUGAAUAUUGUUUAAAUGUGUGUAGACUGCAAGCAUCGUACUGUCACGCCACUUUUUCCGUCUCUUCCUACUCAGUCUUUCUCUCUCUGCAUAGGGUGUGUGCUGAUCCCUUUUUUUGCCAUCAUAGGUCUUGGGUAUCAGUACAGAUCUCCAUAUAAGUGACAGCAAAUUGUAGUCACACCUGGUUCACACUGUUGCAUAUUUUUUAGGACUGUGCAUAGUGUUUCAAUGCAACCCUAUCUAUGAGUGUGUUUUAGUCUGUCCAUUUUCAAAAUGGCCACAGGCACUUUGCAUCAGAAAUACGGAGGCAAACAUUCUGAAAAGUUCAACUUUUGGGUCUGUACAGACGCUUCUGACCAAUCAGAACACAGAUGUUUCGAAAAAGAAUUUUCCGGGGUACAAACAAGCAUAUCUUGCUACGCCCACCCUCUGCAGACAGAUUUGUUAAAUACAUAGGCCUAAAAGGGAACAGUUUGUAUCCCGGGGAAUACUUUUUUGAGACAUGUUCUGAUUAGUCAAACUCAUCUGUAUGGACCCAAUAUUUGUGCUUUUUCAACUUUUGCACCCAUCUCUGCAUGGAAAACCCAUAUGCGGCCAUUUUCAAUCAAACUCACUCAUACAUAGCGUUGCAUUGAAACCCGAUGCACAGUCGGUAAAACAUGCACCAGCGUAAAACAGACGUUAAGAAUCCAUGUUACAGACAGAAAAAUACAUUGAGGGCCUUUUACUAAUGUACAAGCGCAAACAUAUUAGUACAAAGGAUUAGCAUUGAAACACACCACAGUCUGCGAUAGGGAGAAAGUGGCUUAAGUUAUAUUGCCAAAUCAGCAUGUUGUAUGCAGUAGAAUGCAGAAAGACAAAUGGUAUUAAACACAUCUGUACAUGUGAACAAUGCAUACUUGUAAUGCACAUAAUGCAACAAGAACAUUUGGAGUCAUGGAUGAUAUUGACUGAUACAAAAAGUUUGGUAAAAGAAAAUAA